AUGGUCGACGGAACACGAGGCGUUACAGGAUGCUUGUUCAAAUAUUCACUUCUCAUAAUUCUAUCUCGUGGAUAUUACUUCCCAUUUAAUAAAGGGAAUCUGGUAGAACAACCUGAUGGCUACACAAAGCAUCCAAAGUCAGGGAUUAUCUACCACGAUAUUAUUGUUGGUAGAGGUCAUCCUGUACGCUCUAGUAAUCUGAAGGUGACAAUCCACUACGAUUUCUAUGAUCAAUUACAUAAGCUCAUUCAGAGCAACGCUGUAGAUCGUUCUCCUGAAGAAGUCCAUCUGUGCUGGCAUCGAUUUGGAGAAGGAUUCGAGGAAGGAAUCCGAGGUAUGCGACCUGGGGGGAUGAGAAGAAUUAUUGUCACUCUAGAACAUCGUUCAUCAAUAGUUGGAAGAACAUAUGAAGUUUAUGAUGUGGUGUUGCUUAAAGUUGAGAAAUCGUGCAGCUGUCCACUCUCAAGCUCUUGAUUUUAGAUUUUCACAUGUAUGUGCUCCUUUAGUGUAUUAAGCCAAGAAUAAUAUUGACUACUAUGAGAAAAGUUGUACCUUCCACUGAGUUUGUGGCUUAGAAUAAUAUUCCACAUAAUACUCCUUAAUUUCUAACA